GGUUUUCACGUAACCUAUAAUGUUUUUAUAAAAUAUUACUAUUAACCCUUUUUCUACUGCGAAAAGAUAUAGAAAGUCUAACAUUGAAGGUAUUAUUCGCGGUAAAUAUCACACAAAAUGAUGAGGAACACGUGGAAUAUCGCAACAAAUAUUUUACGACCUGAAAAACUUCAGAUGAUCUUUACUGCGGGUAUAAAAUACUUCCCUCCUCCGAAAAAUUAUGAUGAUAUUCAAAUACCGGAACGGCCCAGAUUGAAAGUAUUUGAUAAAGUGCCCCUAUAUCCUUCAAAUAUCAAACCACCUAAAAUGCAAAAGAGGUUGCGUUAUAUGAGAGGACCUGAAACAGUGCACAAUACAUUGCAGUUGCAACAAUAUGGUGUUGUGGCAAGGGGAGGGGGGAGAAUGCGCCAUGAACAUUUUGAGAUGGUCCGUCUUCAAGUUGCUAGGAGAUUAGACCAAAAGAAAAUGUUUGCAAUCUGGCGUAUUGAUCCACCAUGGCAACCUAUCACAAAGAAGGGUCAGGGCCAACGGAUGGGUGGUGGUAAAGGAGCUAUUGAUCAUUAUGUCACUCCAAUAAAAAAUGGACGCAUCAUUUUUGAAGUCGGUGGAAAAUGUGAAUAUGCUGAGGUGAAAAACAUGUUACGAAUAAUCGCCGAGAGGUUGCCGUUCAAAGCUGAGCCAGUGUCACAGGAAAUAAUGGAGAAAUUUGCAGCCGACGAAAAGUGGAAGGAAGAAAACAACCAAAAUAAUUACACAAUGAAAUAUUUAAUACAAAACAACAUGGGCGGUUGUCACAAGCAUAUAUCGAAAUAUGACCAUAGGUGGUACUGCAAGUACUUGUAAGAUUUAAUGUGGAAUAGAGAAUAGAAUUUAGUGAACAGUAA